AACCGAGUCCAUCUUCUGGGCAUGCGCACAACCGAAACUCCGCCUUAUUUUCCCCCGGAAGUGACUGCUUAGUCCGGCCUGCGCGUGCGCACAGCGAAAUCGUGGGCCUCGCGGACGUUACGCCUGGGCUGCGCGGCCUUUGGCGCCGGUUUCUGUGUGUCCCUGAAGCUUCCAGGCCUUCACCAUGGACUUCCAGCACAGACCUGGAGGCAAGACUGGGAGUGGGGGCGUGGCCUCCUCCUCUGAGAGCAACCGGGACCGCAGGGAACGCCUGCGACAGCUGGCCUUAGAAACCAUUGACAUCAACAAGGACCCAUAUUUCAUGAAGAACCAUCUGGGAUCGUAUGAAUGCAAACUUUGCCUGACACUGCAUAACAAUGAGGGGAGCUACCUGGCUCACACCCAAGGGAAGAAACAUCAGACUAACUUGGCUCGGCGAGCUGCCAAGGAGGCCAAGGAAGCCCCUGCACAGCCAGCACCCGAGAAGGUCAAGGUGGAGGUGAAGAAGUUUGUGAAGAUUGGCCGCCCUGGCUACAAAGUGACUAAGCAGAGGGACACAGAGAUGGGCCAGCAGAGCCUGCUGUUCCAGAUUGACUAUCCUGAGAUUGCUGAGGGCAUCAUGCCACGCCACCGCUUCAUGUCUGCCUAUGAGCAGAGGAUAGAGCCCCCAGACCGCCGCUGGCAGUACCUACUCAUGGCUGCUGAGCCCUAUGAGACCAUUGCCUUCAAGGUGCCAAGCCGGGAGAUUGACAAGGCUGAGGGCAAAUUCUGGACCCACUGGAACCGAGAGACCAAGCAGUUUUUUCUUCAGUUCCACUUUAAAAUGGAAAAGCCACCGGCCCCACCCAGUCUCCCAGCUGGACCCCCAGGCGUCAAGCGGCCCCCACCCCCACUCAUGAAUGGCCUGCCUCCUCGCCCUCCACUGCCGGAUGCCUUGCCCCCACCUCCGCCUGGUGGCCUGCCUUUGCCCCCUAUGCCCCCCACAGGGCCUACUCCCGCUGGGCCCCCUGGACCUCCCCAGAUGCCUCCACCAGCUCCUGGGGUCCAUCCACCAGCCCCAGUAGUCCAUCCACCCACAUCUGGGGUCCAUCCUCCAGCCCCUGGGGUACACCCCUCAGCCCCUGGGGUACACCCACAAACAUCUGGGGUGCACCCACCAGCCCCUGGGGUGCACCCACCAGCCCCUGGAGUGCACCCACCAGCCCCUGGGGUGCACCCUCCAGCCCCUGGGGUGCACCCACCAGCCCCUGGAGUGCACCCACCAGCCCCUGGGGUGCACCCUCCAGCCCCUGGGGUGCACCCACCAGCCCCUGGAGUGCACCCACCAGCCCCUGGGGUGCACCCACCAGCCCCUGGAGUGCACCCACCAGCCCCAGGUGUGCACCCACCAGCUCCAGGUGUGCACCCACCAGCUCCAGGUGUGCACCCACCAGCUCCAGGGGUCCACCCUCCCCCAUCAGCUGGAGUUCAUCCUCAGGCUCCAGGAGUACAUCCACCUACUCCUGCAGUUCACCCUCAGGCCCCUGGGGUGCACCCCCCAGCUCCUGGUAUCCACCCUCAGGCUCCUGGGGUGCAUCCCCAGCCUCCUCCUGGGGUCCAUCCUGCCACCCCUGUGGUCCACCCUCAGCCUCCAGGGGUUCACCCCUCAAAUCCUGGUGUGCACCCAGCUCCUAUGCCCCCCAUGCUAAGGCCCCCACUCCCAUCAGAUGGCCCUGGGAGCAUGCCUCCUCCUCCCCCAGGCAACUGAACACUGGCCCCAGCAUCCCUUGCUGCCUGUGUGUGGCCUUUUCCUGGCCAGUCCUUGGAAAAGUUUUCUGUUUUGUCCUGUCCUGAGCCCAUUAAACAGCCUCCCCCAUGUC